AUGGUGCGCAUAAGUCCAGUUGCGAGACAUCAACGUGCAUCAGACAUUUACACUGACCGCGGAGAGUAUAAGCGUGGGUACAAACGCUUCACGGAGAUGUCUGAUGACAUCCUCAGACGUGAGGGCUUGCAACGUUCGUGGAUACCUCGUACAGUUAGCGAUCAUCCAUCUAAUAGUGUGGAGCGUGCCGAGCGCGCGAUAAAACUUGGCUUGACAGGAGAUCAUAAGCUGUUUGCUGAUGCAGCAGCUGAGAGAAUCCGUCGAGCUCAGGCUUAG